AUGAUGAUAACUAUGAGAGCUACUAUGAGAGCAAAUAUGACUAUGAGGAGGUUUUCGAGUUGUCGAAAGAUUUCUAUGACAUUUGAAGGCAAUACACGGGGUAUAGCAGCUACUCCCGAAGAACGUAUGCAAAGGAUAUUUGGGGGCAGAUUGAAGGGAGAACCACCAAAAUCGACCAGCAGAAUAUUAACUGGAGGUUCAAAAUUGAUAGCUGGUGUUGAAGUUCCUGAAAAGCCUGGUCAGCCUGAUAAUUGUUGCAUGUCAGGUUGUGUCAACUGUGUCUGGGAGCUAUAUAAUGAUGAUGUUAGAUACUGGAAGCAGAAAAGGAACGAAGCUGCAUUGAAGAUUAGGGAUUCUACCGAAGUAUGGCCCAGCAACUGGGAUCCUCCUUUGGAUAAGCUGGAAAUGAAGAAUCUCCCACCCACGCUUCACGGAAAGAAAAUGAAAUUGGAAGAAGACUUAGCCAAACAACACCAGACUGUUGCUAAUUUAUUUCCAAAGAGAACAAAUCCUCUACCGAAGUCUGUUCAGCAAGCAAAGCAAAGGAACUUGGCGAAAAAGAUACAUACCCCAGUAGAGGAGAACGAUGGCUGGGAUGAUAUACCGGUUUACAUUAAGGCGUUUGCUGAAUUUGAAAGACAAAGAAAACUGAAAAAGAAUAAAAUUCAGCCACAAACUUCGCAUUAA